CACGCGUCGACGAAAUCGGACGCAGUUGAGUUUCGGGCGAGUACCGGCAAGGACCGAUCACUACUACCGAUUCUCGCUUGUGAAAUGAUUCUGGAAGAAAAGAUCCGUUGUUCAACAAAAUUCCAUUGAUCGAUCCGUGCACUCGUCGUAUUCGUUGAAGAAAACGCUACAUAAUUAAAAGACAAAAAAUGGUGGUGUUCGCAAGUUUGGUGUUCGUUGGAAAAUUUUUGGUCGCGAGCCUCCUUGGCUGCAGCAUCUACUACUAUCUCAGCAAUUUUCGAUUGUUCAGAGCAUCUUGGAAAAUUCCGGGACCAUUCCCGUGGCCUUGCAUCGGAAGUGCUCAUCGAUUCAUCGGCAAUACGGAAGAUAUUUUGAAUACAGCUCGGCAGCUACUCAAGCCUUAUCCGUCACCUUUUCGCGUUUGGUUUGGCAGCCGCUUGUUUUACGUGGUCUACGAUCCCGAACAACUUAAGAUAGUACUCUCGAGCCAAAAGACAAUCGAAAAAGAAGUACUAUACGAGUUAUUUCAACCUUGGUUGGGAACUGGACUCUUCACCGCACCUGCAUCGAAAUGGCGAGUCCACCGGAAACUGAUAAUGCCGACCUUCAAUCAACGAAUUUUGGAGUCGUUUGUUGAAGUUUUUUCGGCCCAGUCGGGAAUUAUGGUCAAGGAAAUGGAGGCCGAACUCAACGGAGGCGAAUUCGAGGUAUUCAAUUACGUGACGCUAUGCACUCUCGACAUCAUCUGCGAGACUGCGAUGGGCGUAUCUUCGAAAGCACAGUUGCAGAAAUCGUCACCCUAUGUCAAAUCGGCAAACAGACUUUUCGAGAUAAUCUACUCGAGGAUCUUUAAUAUAUGGCUCCAUCCAGACUUUAUUUUCAAGCGUACCAGACUCUGGCAAGAGCAACGCAACUGCAUCAAACACGUCCACGGCCUGACCAAUGACGUGAUUCGCAAAAAAAAGAACUCUCUAUUUGUUGGAAAUGGCAAAGCCAAUGGCACCAGCCAAGAAGACAAUGAAACUACACCACCCACAGUCACCAGAAAAGCCUUUUUGGAUCUGCUGAUGGAAUUAUCACACGAAGGCACUAAAUUCACAGACGAUGAGCUUCGAGAAGAAGUAGACACGAUGAUGAUUGCAGGUAACGACACCACAGCAACGGUCAACUGCUUCGCCAUGCUCAUGCUAGCCAUGUACCCCGAAAUUCAAGAUAAAGUUUACGAGGAGCUUCACGGAAUCUACGGAUACGCGGAUCCGAGUAGUGUCCCGGUGAGGCACGAGGACCUCCAGCGCAUGGAGUACCUGGAGCGCGUGAUCAAGGAGACUAUGAGGAUAUUCCCGAUUGGACCACUACUCGUCAGGCGCAUCACCGAUGACCUCAACAUAGGGGAACACACGCUGGCCAAGGGCAGCUCGGUCGUGCUGGGCAUUAUAAAGACGCACCGCAGCUCGGAGUACUGGAGGGACCCGAUGAAGUUCGAUCCCGACAGGUUUUUGCCGGAGGAGUGCGCCAAAAGACAUCCUUACUGCUUCAUACCCUUCAGCGCCGGCCCGAGAAAUUGUCUUGGUGUGAAGUACGCGAUGAUGGCCGUGAAGGCGUUGCUGGCGACGGUGGUGCGAAAGUACGUGCUCAAAAAGGACGACGUUCUUGCAAUUGAGGACAUCAAACUAAAGGCUGACAUGAUGCUGAAGCCCGUAGUUCCCAUAACUAUUAGAAUUGAGAAGAGAAUUGAAUGUGCAAGCUAGACGUUGUUAUAUCUGUAUAUUAAGUUUGUUGGUUUUUAUUUUCUUUCAGUUGUGUGCGAUGCCGACAAAAACUUUAAUAAAUAUAGGUGUAAAAUUUUUUGUGAA